AUGACCUACAUCCUGAAGCAGGGCGGCACGGUUUCCCCGCCUCUUCUGCAGGAGGCAUGGCAGUUUCUGCUCUGGUGCCACCAGUUCGACAUACGGUGGAUCUGUUUGCAUCUGGGGACGAACCAGAUUCCGGUGUUUUGCUCGGAUACCGGAUCCGGUGAGCCAUCGCCCAAGACGCUUCCAGCUCGAUUGGACGGACAGGGUUCUGACGGCAUGAAGAAGGUCCAGAUCAUGAAGGUGAGGCGGACAGUGGACUUCAACUACUGGAAGAGUUGCCUGCAGACCUUCAAUAACGAGGAGGAGCAGAAUCUGAUAGAAAAACAGAGGAACAAGGAACAGAGUGACAGCAUGUCUCGUCUGAUUGAUGACAUGCAGCUUCAAAAGGACAACCAUCGCAGAAUGAACGACCGUGUGGUCCACGUGGAGAAGAGUGUCACAGUGUGUCGGCUGCUUCUGGAGGAGAUGAAGCAUAUGAUACAGAACCUGGACCCGAAGAGCCAGGGCCUGAAGCCAGUGCAGCAGCUCGUGCAUGUCUCAUCCCGCCAGUCGCCCUACCCAGGGACACUCACACAACGCUUCCCUGUCUUCGAUAAAUAUGUUCCCUGGGAGGUUGUAUACGAAGCGUAUGACCCGACCUACAUGACCCGCUCCCUGGAGGACUUCAACGAAGAGUACGCACUCUUUGUUGACCCGGACAUCAUGGAACUCCGCCAUGAGGAACAGUCCCGACAGAAGAUGAGUCCUGAGGAAGUGGAGAAGUUGCCUCCCUUGCCUGACUUCAGUCCCAUGUGGAACACUGUGUUCAUUGAGAAGUCGUCAUGGAUCACGUUCGACAACCAGCCACUGAGAUAUAAGUUGGACACAACCGACCUUCCACAGGGAAAGUUGUGGAGGUGGGGUCCCAACCAUAUUAUCGCGGCUGUCGUCACACGGUGGAAGCGGAAGUACUCGGCACUAGGCUACCCUAUGGACCACAUCAUCGUGGAGGGGAAGCGGGUCCUGGAGUUUAUAGUGGUCCCCAGGCCGGAUACAGGGGAGCUAACUCUGCCAGGUGGUAACGUGUACGGCAAGACCACUUCCUAUGGUGUGAUGUGCGAGGAGUUUAUGAAGGGAGUUCUCAACACAGAAGGCAGAAGAAUGUCAGCGGUUCAAGAAUGUCAGCGGUUCAGUGAGGAAAAUAUGAUCAAGCGUAGUACUGUUAGGGAAGAUGUGAUCGACAUGUUCACACUCCAGCCAUUUAAGGCCAGAUACCCAUUCCAUUCAGCAGCUAAAGGCUUCAGUGCGCAGAUCCUGUACCGCGGCUACAUCGAUGACCCCUCCAACACCGACAAUGCCUGGAGGGAAGCGGAAGUGUGGAACUUCCACUAUGAACUCAGCGACACACUGGACGACAGGAUCCCUGUGGUGAGUUAAAAUGCUUGGAGAGAAAUAUCCCCCUACACUCGUCUCUAUGGCAACCAAGAUUCCAUUGUGAAAGAAGCAGCAAGGAUUCAUGACUCCUACUUUUAAUGCCGGUGGGAGGAGUUAUACUCCAGCUGGUAUCUAUCACAGCAAUAUUACCUACACUGCUUCUUCAGCACUCCCCGGUCUCCAACACAAGUGCCAUAUACGAUGCCAUUAGAAUUUAGGUUUCUUCAUCCAGCUAUGCAGGGGUUACCGUGGUAACAGGGAUCUUUUCACCUUCCAGUGAUGACAAUCAGCUUGGGGCCAAAUAUAGAACAUGUCUUAGUUGCAGAUUAGCAAUGUCGCCUUUUAGAAGCUGACAGACAAGUGAUGCCAUGAUGAUGACUGUUGGCGCCAUCUGCAGCUAAAAUAACAGAAUGAAGAGAUAUAUUAAUGCGUCACGGAUUUAGGUCAGGAAGAGGGAGAUAACUGCAUGGAUUAUAUUUUUAUCAGACACGAAGCAAGAUAGGCGUAGUUCUCUGCUACACUACAGACCUCAGGUCCAGGGCAGGUGCUUGCCCUGAUGCUGGAUGUAUGAACUUUGUAUGUGUCUUAAGUGUGAAGUGUCUUAAGCAAGUAUAAGAGUCUCUGGUCUAAGUGUGCAGCUGUUUCUGUGAAAGGCCACACUGUGAUAUGUGAAUAAUACCAUGUCUGCAGCAGAUUGUCAUGAACAUUUCACUUGGAAUGCUGGAUUCUUUUAUUCUGUUUGAAGUGAUAUGAAUCUCUUAUAGCUGCAGCUAGUGUUUUAUAUACUCAAAACAAUGUGUGUUCAAGAGUUUCGCUAACAAUGUCUCAGCGUGCAUGUUACAUAUUGCCAUUUUCAAGAAACACAUCGGAAUAUUUCUUGGCUCGUCCUACGAUUGUUUCAUGUUGUGUACAAGCUAAGAUUUUUAGCUCUAAAUUGUAAAAUGUCUUGUUAAGAAUACUCGUCAGAGCAUGCAGAUGAAUCCUUAUUUGUGUGUAAAGUAUUUGGGCCUUGCUGUUAUGAUAUACAGUAUGUAUAGAGGAAGAGAAUUAUGUGUUCAAAAAUGUUUAUUCAUGUGCUGUGUGUUAGAAUGAAUUGUUUUGUUGAUAUUGUUGACAUGAGGUGGGGUGAGAUGAAAUGGGUCUAAACUGAUAAUACCUUCAAGACUAUUUCAUGACAUGAUAGAUGGUGGGGUAGCCUAGUGGUUAAAGUUUCGCUCGUCAAGCCGAAGGCUGGAGUUCGAUUCCCCACAUGGGUACAAUAUGUGAAGCCCAUUUCUGGUGUACCCCGUGAUAUUGCUUGAAUGUUGCUAAAAGUGGCGCAAAACCCAUCUCACUCACUAGUGGCAUGUUGGCAGUGUUUACCACAGACACUAGGUCACGGAGAACAAACCUGAUCUGGACAAUAAUGUUACUGAAUUUUUUUAUUGCAUUUCUAUUAUUUAUUUUAAUUUUGAUUACUUUAGUUUUGAGACAGAGCAAAAUAAUGUCGGUCCCUGCCUGAUCAACAUUUACCGUAUUUAAUGAAUUAGG